GCGUGGGCAGAGGGAGGGUCCCAGCUUGCACAAUUUGGUAUGCUGUGCUUGAAGCACUGCAUUAGACCUCAUACAUGCUACAAAGACAUCGAGGGAUGUGGACCAAAGCCCCUCUAGAAAAUAAUCUGUGCGCACUAGUUGCUGUGCAUCACGUUGGAAAGGCUGUCUUUAUAAUAUGAACAUAUCUCCCAGAGUCUACGCCUAAUUGGGACACCUUACUAUUGGAUUUUACUAUGCCUUUGGUAAACCUACCGUCCAAGAGACAAACAUGUAAACAGAAAAAAACAUCUUAAUAAACUUUGCAAUAACGGGAAAUGAUAAACAAAUAAACAAGGAACAGAUGAGGAGCCAAUCAGUCACUUCACCGAUGUCUGGUACUCGAUAAUAGGCAGUGUUUUUGGGCUCCAGGUGAAACACACUAUGCAAACAGAGCGACGGAGCAUCGUAUAGUUCCAAAAAUUGUAUUUCACAAAAGCACAUAGAACUACGUAGAAAACGGAGCUUGUGUAAGGUGGCGAGUUUACGCAUGAAUGAUGGAGGACCUUCUGCGAGACCAAGACUUGUGGGCGAUUAUAAAUGAUUCACGGACCAACUCGAGUCGCGGUGGAAACGAUACCAGUACUAGGAACCAGUCCAUCGUGAACCCCUUGAAGCGGAACGAGGAGGUGGCCAAAGUGGAGGUGACCGUUCUUAUCCUAGUUCUGCUGCUCGCGAUGGUUGGUAACAUUUGCGUCCUUUUGGCUAUCCAUACGAGCAAGCACAGCCAUUCUCGGAUGUAUUACUUCAUGAAACACCUCAGUAUUGCGGACCUGGUGGUGGCAAUCUUUCAGGUCCUCCCGCAGCUUAUAUGGGACAUUACAUUCCGCUUCUACGGGCCGGACUUACUGUGCAGGCUGGUGAAGUACCUACAGGUUGUCGGGAUGUUCGGGUCCACCUACAUGCUUGUUCUAAUGUCCAUAGACAGAUGCGUGGCGAUAUGUCAGCCGCUUCGCUCUCUGCACAAGAGGAAGGACCGUUUUUAUGUGAUUGCCUCUUGGAUGCUUAGUCUGAUUUUCAGUACCCCUCAAGUGUAUAUAUUUUCGUUGAGGGAUGUGGGCAACGGAGUUUAUGACUGUUGGGGGGACUUCGUGCAACCCUGGGGCGCCAAGGCGUACAUUACAUGGAUUAGUCUUACAAUCUACAUAAUUCCAGUGGCUAUCCUAAGUCUUUGCUAUGGCCUGAUAAGUUUUAAAAUAUGGCAAAACUUUAAAAUGAAAACCAGACGGGAUCAGUGUAUGUCUCUGACGCCGCGGGCGUACAAAGGCGCAGCGCUCUCUCGAGUGAGCAGCGUGAGGCUCAUAUCAAAAGCGAAGAUCCGAACUGUCAAAAUGACUUUUGUCAUAGUCCUAGCUUAUAUUGUUUGCUGGACUCCUUUUUUCUUCGUACAAAUGUGGUCGGCAUGGGAUCCUGCUGCACCCAGAGAAGACGUGGCAUUUAUCAUUGCCAUGCUACUGGCCAGCCUGAACAGCUGCUGUAACCCGUGGAUCUAUAUGUUCUUCGCUGGCCACCUGUUUCAUGACCUGAUGAGGUGCUUUGUCUGCUGCUCCUCACAGUACCUGAAGGCCUCACGGUGCGGAGGAUUUGACCACCAGCAGAGCCGCAGGAGCAUUUCCACCUACGUCGUCAAGGACCAUAGUAGUCAGAGGAGCGUCACUCAGACCUCCAGCACAUGAGGAGUGAGGACCAUGGAGGAGAUGAGUUGGGGUGGGACAGGUUCUCCCUACCCCCGAAAGCCAUUCUUUAUACCAGUCAGAGGAGCAUCACACAGCCCUUCAGUUCAUGAGGACCAUGGGAACACCAGAAGAGGCCUGGUGUGAGGUACUCUCUAACCUUCAAUGACCUUCUCCAUCACACAGACUCUAGAGGAGGACCAUGAGAGGAGAGGGGGUUGGUCGGACUCAAGCCCUAUUCACACUGGACUAGUAUUACUAUAGAACGUCAGUUAUGUAAUUAUUACCCUAGAAUGUCUGUUUUUCCAGUGGACGAUUCAGACAGGAUUAGUUUUACCAUAUGCCCCCUGUAUUUUUUUUUCUCAUUCAGAUUUGAGCAUUAUGAUGGAAGCCUGGAGGCUGUUCUAGGCAUGAAGAUAUUUUAACUUGUCUAGGGAUAGGUCUCUUUCAGGGUAUCUGGCCACCCUCAGUUCGAAAGUCAAAAUAAUAUCAAUAAGAACCAUGAACUGUGUGCAGAUAUACACUGCUCAAAAAAAUAAAAGGAACGCUUAAACAACACAAUGUAACUCCAAGUCCAUCACACUUCUGUGAAAUCAAACUGUCCACUUAGGAAGCAACACUGAUUGACAAUAAAUUUCACAUGCUGUUGUGCAAAUGGAAUAGACAAAAGGUGGAAAUUAUAGGCAAUUAGUAAGACACCCCCCAAAAAGGAAUGGUUCUGCGGGUGGUGACCACACACCACUUCUCAGUUCCUAUGCUUCCUGGCUGAUGUUUUGGUCACUUUUGAAUGCUGGCGGUGCUUUCACUCUAGUGGUAGCAUGAGACGGAG